CCGAGAUAAUAUCCGUAUAAAAAACCGAAAUAAUCCCGAGGUAAGGAACCGAGGAGUGUACCAAAACCGACCGAGAUUUUGUGUUUCUGCUCAUUUUCCUUCGCUUCGUUUUCUUUUACUCUAACCAACUGUUUCGCAGCCGUCGAAAUUACUGCACUAAACAUAUUUUUGUGCCUCCCUUUAGCUCCAGCCAGCGCAAGGAUUUUUUUUUUUUUUUUUUUUUUACUCCUCCUUCGUAAUAAAGUCGCCAUUUUGCUUCACUGCCUAUAUAAACCAUCCCGUAUUCUAAUAUUUUUCCUCAAGGAGUCGGGGACCUACCUAUCUUUCCUGGCUAUUUCUAAUAUUUCUGGAGUGUUUAACGAGAAGACAGAGGUUGAAGAAGUGCCUCGUGGUAUACAUAUUAAUGCAGGAAAGGAGGGGGGCAAUGCAAUUGGAAACUGGGAAUAAGGUGAAAGUAUCCUGGAUUUCUUUUCACGUACAGACGACAUUGUAAUUUCUCUUCUCCUGCCCUGCUCUUUUUUUUUUUCUUCCACCUCGUCGUCGUCGUCGUCUGCAGAGUGGGGGGACAGGACGACGGUGACGACUGUCCGCUUCCUUUCUGGCCCCCCAACCCCAGUCUGACCGGUCCUUGACGCACAGCAGGUGUGAUUGCCAUGUAACAUAACAUUGGUGGAAAAAACGCCCACUUCGGUGCCUGUCUCCUGACCCCCUCCUCCCUCACGUGGGUGACCCGGGGCCACCCGGCUCCUAGUGCUGGGUGACAGCCAGGUGACAGUUCAGGCAUGGAGAGCCCAAGUGGCCCUAGGCUUGGGAAGCUGUCCUCAUCGGGGCUGCCAAGGGGCCGGACCCCCAAGCAUGGACAUCCCCAGGACCCAUUCAGAACCACACCAGGCCCCGAAAACAACAAACAUAGUCCGGUGUGUGAUGAGCCAGCAGAGGGGAAGAGGAAAGGUCGUCCUAAAGCAGAAGUGCAGGAACUGAGAAGCAUCCCUGCCCAUAUGAUAGUACAAUGGAAGGAAGAGUUUAAGCGCCGCUCCAGGGUUAAAUGCCCGUGUUCAGGCUGCUGGUUAGAGUUUCCCAGCAUCUAUGGCGUCAAGUACCACUAUCAACGCUGCCAGGGGGCAACCGUAGCUGAGAAGCUGAGUCAUGGCUGUCCCUACUGUGAGGCAGUGUUUGCCACAAAGGUGCGCCUGCAGAAGCACAAGCUGUGGAACCACCCCGACAGGGUUACUGUGGAGCCCAAGGAUGAGCAGCCUAAACUUCAAAAGAGUCCUGUCAAGUCCAACACCAAGAAAAGGCCCAUGGAGAACAGUCCCCCCUCUCCGGUGUUCUUCAAAGUGAAAAAGACCCACGAGGUGUCCACGCCCUCUCAAAACGGUGAGCUGGCCCACCAGAAGAGUGAGAGGAAACAGCACAGCCACAGCCAGCCUUCACCUCAGAUUCACCAGUCCCAGCCAGUCCUUCCUCUGUCCCAGCAGUCGCAGUCCCAAAGCACGUCGUCUGAUGCGGGGGGCAGCGAAAGCGAGGGGGGAAGUCUUCCCCCUUCUUUCCCUGACGAAGACCCGGAGCGAAUGAGGCACAGACGGAAGCAGAAAACGCCUAAGAAAUUCACUGGAGAGCAGCCUUCUAUAUCUGGGACGUUUGGAUUGAAAGGUAUGACUAAGGUGGAGGAGAAGCUGAAAGCAGGCCGUGCGAAGAGACCAGAGGGAAGUGGGUUCAGUGAGGAGCCUCAGCGAAGACCGGCUCCAAGUCAGUCCUCCAAGAAAGACCCAGCCACAACAAGCUCUGGUGCUGUUCCUGACAUCCAGUGGCAGCGAGCAAUCUCAGAGCGAGGUGAAGUGGUGUGUCCCACCUGCUCCAUCGUCACCAGGAAAACAAUCCAUGGCCUCAAGAAACACAUGGAGAUUUGUCAGAAGCUCCAGGAUGCCCUGAAGUGCCAGCAGUGCCACAAACAGUUCAGGUCCAAGGCCGGUCUCAACUACCACACCAUGGCUGAACACAGCACCAAGCCCUCGGGGAGCGAAGGCCAGACGGGCGACGAGCAUGAGGAGAGAGAACGGCUUCGCCGAGUUCUCAAACAGAUGGGACGAAUCAAGUGUCCUAGUGAGGGCUGCUCAGCCCACUUUUCCAGUCUGAUGGGCUACCAGUAUCACCAGAAGCGUUGUGGAGGAGAGUUUUCUGACGAUGAGAAGCCUGUGUUUCUGUGCCAGCACUGUGGAAAAACCUACCGCUCCAAGGCUGGCAGAGACUACCAUGUGCGUACCGAACACUCCCCGCCCAUCACGACCACCAUGACAGCCACCACUAACAACAACAACAACAACAACAAGGACAAUGUAACUGACACCAACAACAACACCGGCAAAGAGAGGGUGGUCUCCAUCAGGAAUGAGGAAUCUCCAUCAGGAGGCAAGAAGGAGCAAAGCCAGCCUGAGAAGAUGGACUGGCAGGAGAAAGCACCAUCCGGCCAGCCUAAGGAGAAGGAAAGGGAAGCCAGAGAGAAAGACAGGGAAAAAGAAAAGGAGAGGGUGCGAGACAGUGAAAAAGCAGCACAGAAUGAGAGCCAGGGGGAGGACUUUGAACGGACCCCCAGUGGCAGAGUGAGGCGCCGGUCAGCUCAGGUGGCAGUGUUCCACCUUCAGGAGAUAGCAGAAGAUGAGCUGGCCAAAGACUGGGGCACCAAGCGCCGCAUCAAGGAUGACCUGGUGCCUGACAGCAAGAGGUUAAAUUACACCCGCCCUGGCCUCCCCAAUUUCAGCCCAGAACUACUAGAAUCCUGGAAGAACCAAGUCAAGGAGAAGGGCUUCAUCUGUUGCACCAAUGAAAACUGUGAAGCUGUCUAUUCCAGUGUGUCAGGGCUGAAAGCCCAUCUCGCCAACUGCAGCCAGGGUGGUGGAGAACUGGGGAAGUACACCUGUCUGAUCUGUCAGAAAGAGUUCAGUUCAGAGAGCGGUGUCAAAUACCACAUCAGCAAGACACAUUCACAGAACUGGUUUCGUGCAGCAGCUAGCCAAGUGGUCUCCAGUAGCAAGAGUAAAACACCGGAGAACAACGGGAUCAAAGCUGAGGUGAGAAACGGUGCCACCACUGGUAAGAAGAGGGGCCGCAAACCCAAAGAGCGCCCCCCUGUGGUUGCGCCUCUUCAAACAAAAACUGAAGCACCUGCCACUACUCAAAAUUCAAUCCCUGCCGUGACUCCUUCCUUGGGCCCAACACAAUCUCCAACCCUGAUCCCCGACCCAACAGACAGUGCUAAUUCAGGCCAAAACAGACAGCCCACCCCCUCCUCUGCCAGACGAAGCAAACCCAAGAGGCUGUCAUUGUCAGAGUAGCUCUGCUUUUGUCGACCCAGGAGCCAGAGAGGAUGCUUACUGUAAAUGUUAUGCCAGGAAGCUAAAAGACCUUUCUAACUCCACAAGGACUUGGCACUGAGAAGAAAGUUAAAUCAGCCAUUAUGAAGUAAAACACAAUCUUGAAUUUGAAAUCCCAGAAUUAAUGUGUCUAUUGUUAUGAACAAUACUCAUGUAACAGUAGUGUUUUAUUUCUCCAUUCCACUUUUGUCUCCUUUUUAAGGCACACAUUUCAGUUUCUGUACUCACAGCAAGGGUGUCAGUACUAAUCGAAGAUAAAAUCCUGACUUCCAUGUGGAUAGCAUUUUUUUCUAAACAGAGGUAGUAUUCCAAACAAAUGGAGAGCAGCUCUCUCUACGAGAUUCAUGUUGUGUUUGAGAGAUUUUAAAAAGGAUAUUCUAUUAGCAUGGUGAAGUCAUUUAAUGAUAGCUAGUGUUUUCACAUUUUUUCACAGAUAUACUGUACUGUGUACAUAAACAAUAUCUAUAUCUAUAUAUCUAUAUACUCAAAGCAAUGAUGCCAUCUGUCAUUUUCAAGCCUGACACGUCCAAUUGGAUCAUGAGCAAUCAGAAUUUUUGCAGUGUGUGCUGUAGUGCAAUGUCGUUUUGAACUUGAUUUUUUUUUUCUUUCUGGUUUAUUAUAUUUUACUUUUCAUGUUUCAAGUAAGCAAAUGUCAUAUAAGCUAAAAUGUUGGUCAGUUGUUUAUCAUGUUCCUCUCUGUGUUUCCUACAUCUAUGUGGGUGUCACAUCAGUGACAUUUCUUUUUAUUAUUUUAUUUUAUCUGCAUCACAUGACUAUGAAAGGUAUCUGCUUUGACAACCAUAAUUACGUGUCAAAAGGUUAUUUCCAUGGUUCUUUUACACUGAAAUUAGUAAGCAGGAUACCACCAAAACUGAUUGUUUGACAUUUCCAUUUGUAAGGUAUAAGUUAGUUACAAUAAUACUUAAUAUGGCACUGUUAAAUUGAUUUUAAACAAACAAAAAAAAACACUUGAAGUAUUCUGUCUAAAAUAGGACUGGCAAAGCUAAAUGUUGGACAGACGGAUGAAUUUUGUGUGAAGC